AUGACCGACAUGGAACCAGGCACGCUUGACAGAUACGCCGUCCUUCGGUCAUACGAACCCCGCGAUGUGCAAGUCAAAGAAAGCAGCGAUUCUGCACAUCUCGGGCAGAGAAACUCGGACGAUCGGAGCACUAGAUCUGUCAUAACGCACCUCGACGCCGCCGGGCUGGGCAUCAUCGGCAGGGUUCUGUCGGUUGUGUACGGGACAUGGCACGGUACACCGGCCACGCUCGUGUCGCUCCAGUUUCGAUUUCGUAGCAGAGCUGGGAGCCUCCGGUUCCGGACGUCCGAGAUCGCGGUCACCUUUGACAAGGCCAGCAUCCUUGACUCUGGCGACGACAACGCCGCUCUGGCCGUCCCGCCCGCCGUUGUUUCACUAUACCCCAAAGCCCUGGAUGGCGGCGAGGGUGGAUGCUCCAUUAAAGGCUCUUACUGGCUGAAGAAGAACCAAAACUUUGCCAAUGAAGUAUACUGGAAGAUACACGAGAACAGCGCGGAGACCUCUGGCUUACCCGACGAAGUUGGUCUCUGCGUCGUAGUGACAAACCGCGGUCCGUUCUUGGGCGUGGUGGAAGCGGAGGCAACCUUGAAGCUCGCGCCCAAGGCCAGGUUCUCGUUCAGAAACCUCCCAUGGUCAAAGGACGAUCCUCUCCUCUUUGACGGGAAAACUGCAAAGGGACCUCAAAUGGAGCAAACAAGGUUCGACACUCUGACAGAUGAGCAAUGGGCAAAAUGGAUAGCUAUGCUCCACGGAAGAUUGUCCGUUCCACCGUCCAUGAAAUCCGAGGACACUCUAAUGGACACUUCUUCCGGCACAUCCUCUACAGAACAAACCGGACGUGCCGACUUGGUGUAUCGUGUACGAGGCAUCCCUGCAGAUUGGUCCGAGGACAAGCUUGUUCUUGAGUUGGCCGCUCUUUUCUCUCUUCAGGCCAACCAACUCUCACUGCUGACGUUUGCACGGAGCGCGUUCGCGCAUCGCUCACGUGAGGCUGCGGUUGCGGUCGUCUCGUUCCUUUCUAGACCGCCUCGCGUCCUGGUACCGGAAGGACGACAGUGGUCCUUCUCAAUCCCGGGAGCUUCUUCGGGACAGGGAGUCGCCAUCGCGACACUGGUGCUUGACCGGAAUUUCGAGGGUCUCACGCCGCUUGGACGGAUCUCUCCAACCAGCACGCUCUUCUAUGCCGAUAUAAUUGCGGUUCCAGGCGUUGGAGGCCACGCGUACGGAUCGUUCAAGGACAGAGGCAGGUCAUACAUGUGGUUGCAAGACUCUCUGCCAGUGGACCUGCGGCUCUCGGAGUCGAAGUUGGCGCGUGUUCUCAUUUAUGGCUACGACUCCCAUUUGUCGGAAAGUCAAUCGUUCCAGAACCUCUGGGACCUGGGCGGCAAGCUGCAGGCCACCAUCAGGGAAAGCCGUUCCGCGAUCAUCCGCAUGAGCCGGGGUAAUGAGCGUGAUCGACAUGUCUUGAACUGCAUUGCGGGCGUGGUGUUCUUCGGAGUGCCUAACAAAGGGAUGAACAUCACAUCUCUGAUCCCCAUGGUUGGCCACCAGCCUAAUCGACCUCUUCUAGAUUCCAUCUCCUCGGACUCGGAGCUUCUGGGAGAACAGAGCGUGGCGUUUCAGCACGCAGUCUCGCGCAUGACCCGGGGGCUCCCGAUCUUCUCCAUCUAUGAGAUGGUGCUCUCCCCCACCGCCGUUCAGGAGGGAUCAAAGUGGAGAAUGGCUGGCACGCCUGCCAUGCUGGUCGACCGUGACUCGGCAACGCAUGGUCGGCCGUUGGACUCUGAGAGCAGGUUUGUGCUGGGCUUAAAUAGAAACCACUCAGAUCUCGUCAAGUUUGAACGCAAUUGCGAUGAUUAUGAGCUUGUGCUGGCGUUCUUGAAAGAGAUACUGACAGGCUACCUGGCACGUACAGCGGAUGGCGGGUGA